AUGGUCGAGGAGGAUCUCUCCAAAGACAUAGGUGUUGAGAGCCGCUCAUGGAAAGAGAUAGGGAAGAACUUUCCAGACAGAGAGGACAGUGUGCACCAAGACCAGAAGCAUUCAGUGACCAUAGAGGGGGAAGGGGUGAGCAGGGUUCCGCCCCCAGAAACCCCUGGUAAUGAGCUCUUCCUCAUCUUCUGCAGGGAGAAGAAGUGGGUGACUGUUGGUGACACAUCCCUGCGAAUCUACAAGUGGGUCCCUGUGACAGAGCCAAAGGUGGACGAUAAGAACAAGAACAAGAAAAAGGGCAAAGAUGAGAAGUGUGGCUCCGAGGUGACCACGCCAGAGAACAGCUCCUCCCCGGGGAUGAUGGACAUGCACGAUGAUAACAGCAACCAGAGCUCCAUAGCAGAUGCCUCCCCGAUCAAACAGGAGAACAGCAGUAACUCAAGCCCUGCCCCAGAGCCCAACUCAGCCGUGCCCGGUGAAGGCACUGACGCCAAGGUGGACGAGGCCCAGGCCGACGGGAAGGAGCUCCCUGGGGCCGAAGAUGCUUCUGACGAGCAGAAUUCACAGUCUUCAAUGGAAAACUCGAUGAACAGUUCAGAGAAAGUAGAGCGGCAGCCAUCUGGAGACGCGGGUCUAGCUGCAGAGAUGUCCGCAAUCUCUCAGGAUUUGGAAGGAGUGCCCCCCUCCAAGAAGAUGAAACUGGAGGCCUCGCAGCAGAACUCGGAAGAGAUGUAGGCUCCAUGUUCAGUCCCGCUGUCCACAUGUCACGGGAGACCCGUCUGCAGGCUGAAUCCUAGAACAACCCACCUGAGCAGUUCCUCUCGGGUGCAGACGGAACUACUAACUUUGCAAGUUUACCAAGUGCAAAUCCAAGACAACCCAGAACAGCGUAACUUCUCAGACACUGAAGAACUCUCUGCUGUGAAGACGAGCACUCGAGUGCUGAAGGGACUGUCCUUGGGACGGCGGGGUCGGCAGCUCAGGAGUGUCUGCACACUGUCUCUGAAGCCAAGAUUACAUUCGUGUUGCUGCUGUAUUGUUUUGUGUCGUCCCCCCCCCACUUCUCUAUUUAACGAUAUAAGCUAUUCGAGGGUGGUACCGAUCAGGGAAUCGGUUUUCGUCGGGGCUUUUCACUGUUUGCCCGAUUCCUUCUGCUUUCUUUUUUUGUGCCUUGUGCCCUUGAGGUGACCUCUGGCAUGUUUUCCUGGUUGUUUUGCAUCUCCCUUUGCAAAGUGCCCUCGGUUUUGUCCAGGCAGCCGGUGCCACCGUCCUCACACCUCUCUCCUCGCUGACCCGGGACUUCAGCUGGAGCGGAGGAGGCAGGGAGGAGGCGGACGGGAGGCCUCUCAAGAGCAGGACCUCCUUGGCCGCCUGAUUUGCAGGGGCAGGGGUGUCGGGCACGCCCUGGGUCCUGGGUCCAAGGUCUGAGGAAUCUCGGGUGUUGGGGCACUGUCCCCAAGAGCUGGCUUCGCGAUGUGCUCUCACUUCCUCGGGGCAUCUGAGGCCGGUGUUUCCAAGCCCACCGUGGCCCAGAUGGACACACAGAACGCUUCCACUGUCCUGGCACUUGCACCCUCUACCCCCACCACACGACGUUCUCCCACACCUCCGAAGACAAAAUGGCUUCUGUGGCUGACUGCAGGAUUGUCUCCUUAGGACGAUAAAAGGGCUGAGGAGGCUGGGAGCAGAUGGCAGGAAGAGCUGGUGCUGAACUUUCUCUCAUAGGAUGUUGCCUGGAUUUCAAAUCCACAGUAACCUGCUGCCCUCUGCCUCCCCGGCUCCACUCGGCCACCCCCCCACAAGGGGAGGCAAGAUUGCAAAGUGUUCCUGACUCUCAGAGCCAACAGUCGAAUGGCCUGUUGCUCCCAGGAUGUGCUGAUGGUCCCCACGGGGGAGCAGACCCUGACGAUUGGGCCUCAAAGGCCAGAAGCAAGGCACCAAGGAGUGGAACGCUCUACACACCUCCAGAAAGGGGUGACUGAGUCCCCUCUCCUCGCCUCCGUCCCCUGCCUAUGCCAGGACACCUUCCUCUCACUAAAAUGAAGAUGCCCCCUUGGAUGAACUGCCUGAUUGUUUGGUUCUGAGGCCUGGUUUGCCCUUAAUUCCUAGAUGGACUCCUCGGACCUUAACCCUUUUCCUGAGCUUUCUUUACUGCACUGGAGUUCCAGCUCCCUUUGAGUUGCGUGAGGGGGUGGGCGGGUUGGGGGGAAGGGGUUUGUUUUGUUUUGUGGUUUGUUUCUUUUUUUCGUUUCGUUUUCGUUUUUGUUUUGCUGAUUGGUGCAUAUUCACGUACCACCUUUGAUACCUUCGUGUGGAUCUCUCUCCUGACCACCACGGAAAGUGUCUGCCAGUUUCUAAGUUUCUGAGGGUGAGGCUCUUACUUGUUUUUCAGGGAGCCGAUCUAUUUCCUGCACUUCAAGAAGAAUCAAAAUGUUCCUGAAUUUCAAAUACCUCAUGCAAAAAUGUCUCCUGAAAUAAGGGAAAAAAAAAACAAAAACAAACUUUGAAAAUCUUAAUGUUGAAGUUCACAAUGCCGAAAGGUUUCUGUCUUAAAAAAAAAAAAA